UGCACGCUAUUCGUCUUGGAUUAAAUUUGAGACAAAUUAAGCCAAAAAACACUCUCGUAAGCUCAUAUGUCUCGGUUAGGCUGGAUUUGAAUCAAAUAUAUAUUCUAGAAUUUAUAAAACUUCAAAAUAAACUUGAAUUAAACAGAGCAAGAAGAUAUAAUUCUAAGUUUCUUUCAACUGACCCUCUUGCUAGAUGACUGAGUUGGAAUAAAGUUGAGUUUUUACCAAUUGUUAACGACUGUUAACGGGAGACAAUUAAUUUCGUUACAUCAAACGAAUACAGCCAAAAUUUUGCACCAAAAAAUGUGAAAUCGCUAGAUGACUAAAAGCUCAAGCUAACUCAACCCGACACUACAUAACACAAGAUAUGUAAACAUGCAGAAGACAACAACACGAAGAAGGACAUUCUUAUCUCGUGCUUUACUUCAAGGCGUAUUCUUUGUACUGCAAAAAAAUUCAUAGUUCAAGUUUUCCCCAACAAUCGAAAAUGUAACAUCAAGAAUGCCGAUGUAACAGAAUUAGAUUUUGAUAGUCAUCAUGAAUUUCUUUUUUCCAUAUAAAAUAAAUCCAGGGUAGAUUUGACAGAUGUAUGCCUAUAAAAGAGAUCGUGGUCCCCUAGGGUAUCAAUAAUCAUUCCACAUAUGCUUCUUGUAUUUUCUUCUAUUUAUUUUAUGUUUUUCCUAUGUAGUCCUUUUCAUUUCUCCAAAUCUUGAUACCCUUCCCCCCAAUUUCAAUUACUCAUUAAAUUCGCGCCACGAAAAACAUAAUAUAAAUGACUAGUCUUCAAACUCCUCCAGCUACUCCGGUUCAAGAAUUUUAUUCACAAUUCAACAUUUCAGUAACUCAGAGCAGCCUCAUGCCUAGUGCAUCUAAGAUCAAGCAUGGAGAUCCCUUUAGUUGGGAAGACACCAAGUUCAUUGUAAAAUCUAAUCAGUUGGAAAUCUUCGCCAGGCUGGAAAAAGAAACUCACAGAUAUCAUAAAUUCAAAGCCUGGCUUAAGGAAAAUGAAAUGACCGUGAAUGAUUACUUGCUUAGUCUGCAAUUAGAAUGGAAGGAAAGUGAUAUCCGUACUCAAACGAGAGAAUACCCUCAAGAAUAUGACUUGAAUCAUCCAGAAGAUUUGAUCUUUUUCAAUUCUGAUGAUGUUAAAAUUAUACCCAACAAAUUCCCCUAUUAUUUUGAUACCAAUGUUAGACACUUGUGUGUCUGGUCGAAAUUAAUAGUACCAGCAGAUAGAGAAAGUGUGGUUGGUGAUAUUUCUCCACGUACCAAGAGAUUAGUCCAUAGAUAUCUUGAAAAAACAUUUGUGGAACGUGGGGUUUCAUGGGAUCAAAUACUUUGGUUUAAAAAUUGGUUGAGCUUACAAAGUGUUAGAGCUGUGAGCCACUUUCAUGUACUCCUCCGUGACGUUGAUGAUGCAUUGUUAGAUGAAUUAAUUGGUACAAGUGGGGAAAUGUUAACUAUAGAAGAUUAUAGAGAAUUAUUAUAGAAAUAUAGAAAUGUACUUUUUU